UCUCCCGGAGGCCCCAGAUAAUCUUACACCGAAUAGAUUCCCUGCAGUGUAACGUUUAUAACCAGGAGAGGAGAUCCACUCUGGACCAGGAGGAGUCAGAACCUCUGCAGGUGAAACAAGAACAAGAAGAGCCAGAAGAUCAUCAGAUAAAAGAAGAGCAGGAGGAUCUAGAAUAUCAGCAGAUAAAAUUAGAGAAGGAGGAUCUAGAAUAUCAGCAGAUAAAAGUGGAUGAAAAAGAAGGUUACAACAGUCAGGGUGAUGAACAGCUUGAGCUAAAACAGGAGACUGAUACCAGAAUGAUGGUUCCUGUUUAUGAACAAACAGACCACACUGAAUCAGAACCAAAGAAGAACCAAGUCAUCUUCCACAAAGCUGCUGAAACUGAGAACCAAAAUCAGGAAAGAAGAAAACCUUUCUCAUGUGUCAUUUGUGAAAAGCGUUUUGCUUUCAGAGCUGCUUUUGAGGCUCACAUGAGAACUCAUACGGGUGAAAAGCCAUUUUCAUGUAUGACUUGUGGUAGAAGUUUUAGUCAAAAACAGGUUUUAACUAAGCACAUGACGAUUCACACAGGUGAAAAGCCUUUCAUGUGUGUGAUCUGUGAAAAGCGAUUUACUUUCAAAUCUGCUUUCAACGCUCAUUUGAGAACUUAUACGGAGGAAAAGCCUUUUUCAUGUGAUACCUGUGGACAAUCUUUUAGCCAAAAACACGUUUUAACUAAUCACAUGAUGAUUCACACAGGUGAAAAGCCAUUUUCAUGUGUGAACUGUGGAAAAUGUUUUGCUUUCAAAUCUGCUUUCAAUGUUCAUGUGAGAACUCACACAGGAGAAAAGUCUUUUUCAUGUGUCACCUGUGGGAAAAGUUUUAGUUGCAAACAAUAUUUAACUCAGCACAUGACGAUUCACUCAGGUGAAAAGCCAUUUUUAUGUGUGACCUGUGGAAAGUGUUUUGCUCAAAAACGCCAUUUAACACUUCACAUGACGAUUCACACAGGUGAGAAGCUGUUUUCAUGUGUGACCUGUGGAAAGUGUUUUGCUUUCAAAUCUUCUUUUGAUGCUCAUAUGAGAACUCACACUGGGGAAAAGCUCUUUUUAAUGCGUGACGUGUGGGAAAUGUUUCAGGCAAAAACGUGUUUUACUUAAGCAUGUUGUAAUUCACACAAGUAAGAGGCCUUUUUGGUGUCUGAUUUGUUUGGUUUGAAUGAAAAAUGUCAUUUAACUGUACACAUGAGAAAUCACUCAGGUAAUAAUUAAUCUAGAGCACAAAAACAUCCAAAAAAGAAAUUGUAAUGAAGAGGCCUAAUUUGUCAUUUUAUUUCUGACCAUAACAUAGCUGUUAUGGGUGACAUGAAUGCGACAUCUCAGAUAAAAACUCGCUGUUUGCUAAACACCUGAUUCAUUUUUGUACAGAAUCUAAUCUAAUAUUGUCAAGUAAAGAACUUUUGCCAACUUAUAUCUACACUUAUAUAAGUGAAGCCUGACAUACUACGUCUUGGUUGGACCUUUGUAUCACUACAGCAGAUGCUCAUGCUGCUUUGGUAUACCUUAAGAUCUUAUACAAUAUGUCCACUGUUGAUCAGAUCCCCUUUGAGGUGCCAGUUAGGUCAGAUUAGACCAGGGGUGGGCACUCCUGGUCCU